AUGGAGGAUCCUAUUAAAAGUUUAAGAGCUGGACUUGGAGGGGAACCUUUAAAUUCCACUGCAUAGCAAUAAUCUUACAGAUUCAAUAAUCCACCUGUCCUGGACAGAGCGAAUACAUACCAAUAAUAGCCUUAGAGUAGCAACUUCACAGUGCCUUAAUAAUAAAUGAACCAGACCAGUCUUAGAUCAAGCAAUAUAAAGGACUCAAAUGUGUACAAUCCAUACAAUUAAAAACCAGAUGAAACAUAAAUCGAUGUAUUAGAUGGUCUUGGUGAAACUACAAAUCCUCCUUCUGGCUAUUAGCAAAAUUCUACUUACACUCAACUAAAAGAGCGAGCAUAUACCGAGUAUAAUGAUGACUUGAAUUUGUUAAAUGAUCUAGGUGCUGAAUAAUCAAACAAACAGUAUCAGCAAACUUUGACUAAUUAGUCUCAAAUUCAAGCUAACAUUACAACUUCAACUGGAGUUGGCUUACCUCUUUAAGAUAAAAUGAAAAAUGCUAUAUCAAAGAAAUUACUAUAAGAUGAGUCCAUCAUGAAUCAGUUACAAGGAGAAUUCUCAGUUAUCAAGGGAUAUGGUAAUGACGAAGCUGCUGCAUUGUUCUCUGUCACUAAUGGUUAAAAGGCGAAGGGUUAAGAUCAUAUCCUCUAUGUUGUCAGUAAGAACAAAGAUUAAGAAUUCGUUGAGGAGAGAUAGCACCUGCUCAAUCUCUUUAUUAAAUAAGUGUGCCAUUGUCCUUAUCUCUAUGAAUCUGAUGAGUUGAAAUUAUUUAUAAGACCUCAUAUUGAGCUUGAAAAAGCACUUACUCUUCUGCCCAGACUUUCUCCAGAGAAUAUUCUUGAAAGAACCAUUAAAUAUUUCUCUUUUAUGGGUGAAAUUAACGAUUAAAAGAUUUAAAAACAGAACAACCAUAUUAACAAAUUUAUUGGUCAAAAUUUAAAGAAACCAUUUCCAAACUUGAAUCAGCUUAUGACUAACAAUGGGCUUAUCAUAUAUGAAGAGCAGAACAUGAGAACCUAUGCUGGUACUAAAUUUGAAAACUUCUUACUUUUCAAGCAUCCACUUAAAUCUCAUGCAAAAGAUUAGUUAGAAAACUUGCCUACUGAGAUCUAAAAUCCAUUCAAGAUUAUGAAGCUUUGGUUGAAGUAUGAGAUGCUAGACAUCAUGGCAUUGCAAGAAGCUAUUGAUAGAAAAUCAGCGAUUGAAUCUAAGAGAGUCAAGAAACAUACCAAGAAAGAGUAAAACCAAAAAGAUUUAUAAAAAUUGAAUGUGGGAAGAAACACAAUCAAGACUCUAUUCCUAUCAAAGGACGGCAAAGUUAACUAAAUCACAACCUUAACACAUUCCAUAUCUGAUGCAGAGAAGUAACUGGAGUGCUAUGAUUUAUACAUUAAGAUCCUAGUAUUGCAAAUCAGUUAGUGUGCGAUACCAUACUUCAAAAAGGAUAAAGUUAGUGUCUACAAUGAUCUCAUAAAUACCUACUCUCAAUAGCACAUCAAUAAUUCCUAGAUCAUUAGUGCUUGUUACGCCAAAAUUAUGUCUGCAAACCAUUAGUACCUCGAUAACGAGCCUUCAUAGCAAAUCACCUCUAUUCAUGAUCUAGAAUGA